AAAAAAAACUCGCCCUCCCAGUUCUACCUGAGACGCAAGCCACACUUGGCAGGACGUAACAGUCACAGCUCAGCGUCUCCUCCUCCUUCACCUCCUCUGCCACCUCCCUGUCUGUCACCGCCUUGCGACCUCCCAUACGACCUCCCCCCUCGCUUCGGAUCGCUCUUUUAAGCCGAGUGGGCGACCGACGGGUGACUUGGACGCGUUUGGAAGUCGUUGCGCGGUCGUCGCCGCCGUUACCGCUCACGCCGAUAACGUCGGCAGGAGAAUCUCUUCCCCCUCUUCCGCACACCACUCCCCGGUCGCCGGCGACAAGUCCGGCUUCCGCGAGAGAGACCCCGAGAGAGGAGAGAUCGUUUUUGGAGAGUUUGAAGUUGUUUCAACAGCCGGGGCGGCGAGACUGCCGGCCGUACGGAUUGACUCGGAAGGAGUUGCUCCCCCCCAAUCCCGAACUGAGCAUGCCGGAGGUACGGGACAUCAUGGACGCCCUCCCCGGCGAAAGCGAGGAGCCCAUCGCAGCGCUUGGCGUCAUCUCCUGCCCAUCGAGUGUGCCACUCGGCUACAGCGUGAUCGCUCGCACGAUGGAAGGCUCUGAUGCGGAUCUGUGGAAGGACGGACUGUUCCGGGCAAAGACGAGCCGUUACCUGUGCUACACGCGCCUCCGCCCUCACAACAAUGGUUACCCAAGUAACGUGCUGGCCGAUCUGAAGCUCCUCGGAGAGAAGGAGACGCUGCCCCAAGGAUUCUUUGCCUUGUCCGAGACGCUGGAUACAAAUGAGCCGGCGCUGAAGAAGAAGCGACUGUGCGUCCAGCUCAUCCCUCGCGAGUCCACGGAGGCGGCCAUCACGGACAUCAUCGUUAGCGGCAAGCCCAAGCAGAUCCCGUCACAGUACACCUUCAUCGGGGAGACCAACGGAAUGCGGAUCUGGUACCGCAUGGGCCGGGUUCCCAAGGUCGUCCCGGCUCCCGCGAGGAAGGAGGCGGCCAUGGGGACGACGAUCGACGGCGCAGCGGCGACGGCAUCGGCGGCACUCCAACAGCAGUCGACACCUCACCCCAACCUGCCACAUCAAAAGUCUCUGACCCUGCCGUCGAGUUUCAAGAAGGGUCUCCCCCUGUCCAUGGGGCACACUCAGCGCAACGGUGCGGACAACAUCUACGGCAUAACCGCGAUAGACGGGGUCCCGUUUGUCCUGAGCGAGAAGUACGACACAGCCUCCAGAAACGCUCACGGGAUGGACAUAUCGUCCAUCAUCAUAAAGUCCAUCAUCGACAUCGAGAAUGAAUACGAGUACAGCUUCGUGACGGAACGGAACGCGGUUUCCCAGUCGCCUGCAGCCUGCAGCUGAGGGUCACCCACGACUCCCGCCGACGGCACGCGGCCUCCGACCAAACCCGCCGGCGAAGCCUCGUCGCAGCAGAAGGAAGUCGCCCGCCUCGUCAUCCCAGGCGCAGCGACGUUUCCACUCCCCCGUCGUUCCUUUCGCCCGAUUGUUGGCUUGGGGGGGGUGGGUGGGAGCCACGGCCGGUCGGCUGCUUUCAAGCGGCAAGAGAAUUCUUCCCGGGACGAGAUGUCGAACGAGAAGAUCGGGGAAGUUGACUUCCUUGAAAUUGAUUGCGUCUCUCGCUCGCAACGGACGCGCGCAACGGACGUGCACAUCGCGCGCACGGACGGACGCACGAGCGCACGUACGCGCAAACUUACACGGCGCACGCGUGCGUACGAACGCACGUGCGCGGACAUACACGGCGCACGUACGUACGCAUGGGACGCGCGUACGAACAACCGCACGCGCAGACGAACACUCGCACGCGCAGAACGAUUCUGCGGCCAGCUUGCCGAAUCCGUGUCGCCCGUUUUCGUUUUUUAUUUUCGUUUUUUUUUAUCCGAUUUUAAUCGCAAGCCUUGACGCGACAGCGUAAAAAACAAAAACUACUAGAAAAUGUAAUGAUACUAAACCGAGGCUCCGUGAUUGUGAUAGCGUCGCCAAGCGGCGAUGACGAAUUUACGCGGUUGCAUCAUUUAAUUUCAUUUAAUUUUUUGCCAAAUUGGCGGCGAGUUUUCGGAUGUCUCUGGACCCACACCGCCCGCACGGUUGCCGGAAAGUUUCCCGCCUCCGAUCUUACCGCGUGCCGUUCACCUUGCCUUGUCCGACGUUUCACCGCACAUCCUGGGAGCAUCUUCAGGAAAUCGGUUAAUGAUAAUAAUGCUUUCAUUUUAUGAUGUAGCGUCAGUCAUGUUAGUAGCGUCCCAUAAUGCUGUGCAAAGACAGAAUCCAUAUACAGCCGCUAGCAGUUCACGCUCACUCGUUCACUCACUACAGUGACUGACACACCCGCUAGCCACGUCUAACACUCCCCUGCACACUCGCACACACUCCCUCUCAACACGCACUCACUCACUCAAAACACUCGCUCGCUCUCUCAAUCCACCCACUCUUUUUCACACACUCACUCACACUUUCACACAAACACGCGCGCGCACUCACUCGCUCGCCAUUCACACACUCGCACUUGCACACUCAUUCACACUUUCACACACACACAAAUACGCUCACACACUCACUCGCUCAUCAUUCACACACUCACUUGCACACUCACUCACACACGCACACGCGCGCGCACUCACUCGCUCACCAUUCACACACUCACUUGCACACUCACUCACACUUUCACACACACACAAACACGCUCGCACGCUCACUCGCUCACCAUUCACACACUCGCUUGCACACGCACUCACACUUUCACACACACACAAACACGCAUGCGCACUCACUCGCUCACCAUUCACACACUCGCUUGCACACGCACUCACACUUUCACACACACACAAACACGCACGCGCACUCACUC